UUAGAGGCUGCGUCAUAGUUUUUAGUGGGAUGAUUUUAUGCAUUUGGCCAAAAGAAAAAAGAAAAAAAAAAAGUACAGUAAAACAACCUCCAUUACUUCAUACUCGGUGACAGAGUGCACAAGUUCGAAAAGAAAUUCAGUAGAGGUUAUGGCCGCAAACUCAACUUUUAAAUUAUUUUCUACUUCGGGAGGAAUAGGGUUAGAUUUUUCCGAUCCUUCUUCAGAGGCUCCUCUUCCUCCUCCGCCACCGCCGACUGAAGUACUUUCGUCUGAGGUCUCAUCGACUUUGAAAUUUUCUGUGGAGCCUGUAACCUUGGAUGGUCUCACUUUGUUCAAGGGUCGUGUUAGCACCAAAGAGGUUUUUGGGUUGCCCAAUUCUGAUUUAGUACCUGGUGUAUAUGAAGGAGGACUGAAACUUUGGGAAGGCUCAGUGGACCUUGUUAAAGCCCUUCGCUCAGAGGUUCAAUGUGGGCAUUUAUCAUUUAAUGGAAAGCGAGUUUUAGAGCUUGGAUGUGGUCAUGGACUUCCGGGGAUAUCUGCAUGCCUUGAGAUACCUGAAGGGCCAGCAUCAGGAGACCCAGCCCAUUCAAUAAAAAUAAAGCUUUGUUGUUUCUUGCAUCAGGGUGCGAGAGUUGUACAUUUUCAGGAUUUCAAUGCUGAAGUCUUGCGAUCUCUCACUAUUCCCAAUGUGAAUGUCAAUCUUGCAAAAGAAAGUCUUAGUGGUAGAUCAGAUGAGUCGAAUUGUGGUUCUGGUGCAGAACUGCGGUUCUUUGCUGGUGACUGGAGUCAAAUUGACCAAUGUCUUCCUUACAUAUGCAAUAAGGAAAAUGAUCUCGACUGUUGCUCAGAGCAGCCAGUUUCUGGUUAUGAUGUCAUCUUAAUGGCAGAGACAAUAUACUCAAUUUCUGCUCAACAAAAUCUCUAUGGACUUAUAAAGAAGUGCUUGCGCCGUCCUCAUGGAGUUGUGUAUUUCGCAGCCAAAAAGUAUUACUUUGGAGUCGGUGGGGGAACACGACAAUUCCUAUCUAUGGUGGAGAAAGAUGGAAUUAUGGCUGGAAGUCUGGUUGCUGAAGUUGCAGAUGGUUCUUCCAAUGUUCGAGAGGUAUGGAAGCUCUCGAUGAAGUAGUUUUAAGAUUUUGAUUUUAGGUACAUCAAAUUGUAUUGUUGUCUGAUACAUAGGAUAUGGUAACUCGGCCUCAAUCGUACUGUAAAAUUCAAAAGUCCUUUUUCUUGCUUAACAUGUUUGCAGAUUUUUCUUUACUUUUCUGCCUAAAACUUUGCUUUGUUUCAUGUCAUGUUUGUUCAAUGAUCCAUGAUAUCAUAUAUUGACUACAAA